AGAGACUGCAAUGCUAUCUUCUGUUCUAUAAAUAAGGAACCACUUCUUCUCAUUUCUCAUUUUCGAACAUUCAAACACAUAAAGAUUACUUAGAUAGCUGAUCAAUGGCACUGUUUAGUGUACUUUUCUUCUUGUUUCUUGCUUCCUCAUCUGUGAGUGCUGCUCCUUGUAACCCUCUUUGUUUGCAUAAAAGCAAGGCUGGUUAUUACCCUUUAUCUAAGACUGGAAUCAGCUCUGGAGCAUGUGGUUAUGGUUCACUAGCUAAGAGCUUCAAUAAUGGAUAUAUUGCUUCUGGUAUACUUUCCUUACUCGGAUACGAGGGUAUUGGCUGUGGAUCCUGCAUACAUGUAACUUGCAAGAACAAGACACUGUGCAGAGGAAGAGGUACUACUGUGGUUUUAACCAGUAGUCUUACACAGACAAAGAACAAUGCAGAUACGGAUUUGAUUCUUAGCGACAGAGCUUAUAUUUCAAUGGCUGCCAAGGGUAAAGCCAGAGAGCUCUUAGCACUCAAUACUGUAGAUGUGGAUUACAUAAGGGUACCCUGUGAAUACAAGAGCCAGAAUCUGUCCGUAAGAGUAGAUGAAAGCAGCAAGAAACCAGAUCAUUUAGUACUUACAUUCCUCUACCAAGGUGGUCAAACAGGAAUUCAUAUAGUCACAGCCUAUGCACAAAAUAACUUUACUAGGAUCGAGAGAGAUAUGGACCGCAAAUAUGGAGCGGUCUGGGAAAUGAACAAGGCUCCUCAAGGAAGUCUAAGUUUUAGGCUAUUUGUAUAUAAUGGAUAUGAUCGCUCCUUUGUGUAUUCCAACAAAGAUUUGCCUGCUGACUGGAAAGUUGGAGAGAUUUAUGAUCUGGGUGUUCAAAUGAAUGACCAGAUGGAUAAGCGAGAUGGUUGCACCUCUAAUUGUACUGAUUGAUCAGUACGGUUUAAUGUUCUAGUGAAUUCAACUUUAUCGAUAGGGGAAAUGAUGUUCUUUCUUCAUUCAGUCGGUUGUAUUUUUGUUUUUGUCAAUUAAAACUAAUCAGAACAACUCCACCUUUACAUUGCUAUUGUCAUUGUUUUCUUUGCUUCGUUGUCCAGUUCGGCAGACCCAU